AUGAGUCUCGUCAAGGCAGAAGCGACAGCAGAAAGUGCUCGGAUAGCAGCCCCGGCAGCUCGACCUGCUGCCAGCGCAGCGUCUGCUGCUGCUGCUGCUGAGCCCUCUGCGCUGGCAGAGGCACACAGGAGCAGCAGCGGGAGCAUGCCUGACAACAAUACAACCACCACCUCUACCAGCAGCUUCAGCGCGUCUUGUGCAGCCUCCGAGGCUGCGGCAGCAAGCGAUCCUGCAGGCAACGCACUGCUUACCGUGGUCAAGAAAGACAUUCCUAAAGACCGUAACACCAAGAAAAACCGUACUCAACAGCAGCAGCCUCAACAGCAGCAGCCUCAACAACAGCAGCCUCAACAACAGCAGCAACAACAAAAACACCAGCAGCCUCAACAACAACAGCAGCUGCUGAAACAGUGUGUGCCCCUCGGGUGCCUUCCGCCGAUGCAGCCUUUCGAAGACGAGGCGCAGCAGGUCGUCUGCCGCAGUCUUUCCUCCUUCUCGCUUUCUGGAGAGAGCAGUAACACGAGUGCUAGUAGCCCCCUGCAGCAGCGCGGACUAGCGGGCUUGCGCACUGCUGUAGGCACCGCACAGCCGUUGCCAGCAACGACGACAUCAUCAUCAGCUGCUGCUGCUGCUGCCAUUGCGUGCUCCUCGCCUGCCUUCCCCAAGAGCAGCGCGGUCAGCUCGCUGCCGCACAUUCCUGCCAAGACUGACGAUCCAGCGCUGCACAUACACCCCCUACAGCAGCAGCAGCAGCAGCAGCAGCAGCAAAUGCUGCUCCUGGGGUCACCCUCUCUCCCGGAAGCUCUGCAGCAGCAGCAGCAGCAACAGAGGCGCCCGGGGGGGCGUGUAUUCGUGGGAAAUAUACCCCCAGGCAUAUCGCGCCAUGUGCUGCUGGCGGCUGCAACAGCAGCAGGCCCUGUCGGUACACUCGAUUACCAGCCGCAGUCAGGGCUUUGGGCAUUUGCGUAUAUUGGAUUCGAGACUGCAGACGCUGCAGACCGCGCUGUACAGCAUUUCCACGGGAGAAGAAUAUUUUCGCCGGCUCCCCCGCAUGCGCUAGUGGCUUGCAGGGCAGCCGAAGACUUCCCUCUAACGCGAAUGCCACUCACGCGCAUGGAGCUUUUCUGCAUCAACGGAGAAGGCCCCCCAGCUGCAGGCGCCAGCACCAGCAGCAGCAGCUCCUCGGGUGCUCUGAUGCUUUCAACUGCUACCGAGGACGAAGACAAGGGAAGAAGCAGAUGCAGCACAAGCAAGAGCAUAAGCAGUGGAGGCACCUCCCCCGGACCUAACCGGGCGCUGCUGCAGCAGGAGCUGCAGGAGCGACUGCAGCAGGUACAGAGGCACCGCAAGCAGCAGCAACAGCUCUUGCAGCAUCAACGCGUGAUUCGCUCUCUCACCAAGGGGGGCAACACGGAGGGGCUGGUGGUCCUUAAAGGCGGCAUCUGCGUCAUCGAUGCGCAGGCAGUUGCAGAACAAACGAGGAAAACGUCAUUCGUCCUUCUUAAGGAUGGACCUCCCGGGGCAAAUCUUUUCCUUUAUGGCAUCCCGGCUCGCUGGAAAGAGCUGGAGUUGAUGCGUCUAGUAGGGCCUUUUGGACACGUUGUUGGCAUCCGUGUGCCGUUUGCUGCGCCCGAUAAGAAUGUUUCGGCAAGCAGUGGUGGGGGUAGCGGGUGUCAGCUGAUGAGUUGCAGUGAGAGCCGUCUGUUGGCGCAGAGCUGCACGUACAGCAGAGGGUUUGCAUUUGCCUCUUUUGACGGCACUGACGCCGCGCUCGCCGCUUUUAGAGCCCUAGCUGACAAGGUCGUUGAAGGGAGGAAGCUGCGGAUACAGCUGAAGAACGGAGAGGAGCAUCUGCUGCCUUCAUCCCUUCAGCACCUUGCUGUCCGAUCUCCAGCCGCGGCAGCUGCAGCUGCAGCUGCAGCUGCAUGUACAAGCGGCAACAACAUGUCUGCUACACAUGGGGUGUUUGCCGCGGCUGCUGCUGCUGCAGCUGCUGCUGUGGGCAGACAGACUGCAUUGCGCGAUGAACAGUGGACACAGGGGCCGAUGUCGGCGGCUGCUGCUGCCGCUGCUGCAGCAGCGCUUGCUGCUGCUGGUAGAGACCCCUCUGUUGCCCUUAUGCUGCUGCUGCAGCAACAGGAGCAGCAGCAGCAGCAGAGCAGCAACUCUCCCGAGGCGGAGGCAGCAGCAGCGGCUUUACAGCCGUUCGCGCCACAGUCCGACUCGUGGGGGGGGUUGUCUUCCAUUGACCGCUUGCAGCAGCAUCAACACCAACAGCAGCAACAGCAGUACGUGCCAGCGCUCCCUUCAAGUGAAAGCCUCAGCAGCUCGCUCGCGAUUACCACAUCGGAUCUUCUCCAAAGUCUCAGCCCCCCUUCUAGCUCAGGAUACAUCUCGAGCGGCUUGGAGCAGCGGCAGCUGCAGCAGGACCAUGUGCAGCGGCAAGAGCAGCUCCUGCAGCAAGAAAUUCUGCAGCAGCAAGGGCACAUGCUGCAGCAGGAGCAGCAGCUGUUGCACCACGGGCAGCUGCAGUUGCAGCAACAGUUGCAGCAACAACAGCAACAGUUGCAGCAUGGAUGUGAACACUUUACGGGAGCCUCUAGCUUCCUUCGCUCGGAGGCAACGCCUGAUUCGGCUGGUGCAAGGGCACCUUCGGCAGUUCGGCGUGUUAGAAGAAACUAUAUCGAGCAGCAGCAGCAGCAAGCGGAUCGGCAUCAGCAGACGCAGCAGCUGGAGCUGGAGGCUUCUGAAGACUAUCUGCGGAUGUCUGCCUUGUCUAUGCGAAACGCAUCGGAGGGUCUUGUGUCGCUCGCUGCGUUGACUGUGCCCUCUGCUGCAGCAUCUGUUGGCGCGCACACCUCCAGAGGUUUCUCGGCUGCUGCCACGUCCACGCCAUCAACUACGUGCUCUGUUGGUUCGUCCUCGGGUGUUGGCAGUCACGCAUCGACUAAGCAACAGCUGCAGCACUUGCAGCAACAACAUGUGCAGCAGCAACAGGUGCAGCAACAACAGGUGCAGCAGCCCUUGCAGCAGCAGCAAGGGGAGCACUGGAUGAUGCAGGAAAUGCUCCGCAUGCAGAAGGAGAUCGAGGCGCUCAAGGCGGAGCUCCGCUUGAAGGACGAGGAUUCCCAUGACGGCAACAUGUGCAGCAGCAGCAAAAGCCAUGGCGUAUGUGAAGAGCUGGCAGUCGAUAGAAAGGGGCACAAACACCUCACGAGCAGCACCAGGGGGCAUGGCGAUUUUUCCGGGGGCACCCCUACUGCCUCGCAGGCGUCCAGCAGCAACACCAACGGCAGAGAUCCACACGGCCGCUUAACAUCCGCAGCCGUAGUAGCCGCCGCAGCUGCAGCUGCCGCGUCUGCAGCGGGGGAGACUCUCAAGGGAGGGAAGGGAACUCCCAAGUCAUCAAGGGCUGUCACCCUGCAGCGUUGCAGCCGUGUUACACGCAGCAGCGGCAGCAACGGCGGCAACAACAGCAGCAGUGUCAGUGGCGUCCCCUUGGUGCAGAACGGUAAUAAUGCGACAUCGCUCGUCGGACUCACUUCAGACACCCCAACGGAGGUAAACUCGCCUUUCUUUUCCUGCGCUCCGCGCGUUUGCUCUCAUCUUUUCUUCUGUUGGAGCGGCGGCAGCACUGCAGGCGCUUUCGAUGCAGACUUUUUCGCAUUGCAAGUGUCGCCGUGCUUGCGUGUUUUGUGCAGUCGUCGCGGCCAGUGCCGACAGUACCGAGGGCUCAGAGCCUUGCUGCGUGCAAUGUGUGCUGCCUCUCCGGUUUUUCCCUUUGAGAAAGCAGCGGCGGAGAGAAGCGCAGCAGCAGCAUGCAGUGCGCCGUUUUUUUCUGCAACCUUGUUUGUUUCCUUCCCCAAGCCGUUGGGAAGACGUCGCUGCGCAGGCAGCACUGGAGGUAGAAGCAGCAGCGUACAAGUUGUAGCGCAUGUAGCGAGCGUUUCAGCUGCUCCACCAGUCAGAGGGGCAGGUGCAUGGGCUUGA